CAUAUUUUUAGGACUCUGGCCGGAAGAUUGGUACAACGCGGUCUGUAUCAUCGCAACCAAAUCUCCUGUCUUGAUCGCUCAGGAAAACUUGAGAUCUGAGCUUAUUGAUAAUGCGGCUAUCAAAAGUGAUGCUAUCUCACCGAAUGAACUUCAAGAGUUUCGCAACACAGUCUGUGGUGUGUUAAACCACCCGACUGAAGUAGUGCCGAUCGUGAAUCGAAUGGAUCUCGCGCAGUGCACCUAUCUACUGUCAGUUUUGAGGAUGGAAAAAAUGAGAGUGAUUCAUGCGGAUUAUAGAGAAGCUCCACAUGAAUUUUUUAAGUACCUGGAGGAUAAGACCAUACGCAAAGAUAAAGGAGGAAUGUGGGUUUGCUUGUUAUCUGGAGCCACUGUGGUUUUUGAGGCAUACCUCGAGGCUUACAAACGGAACAGGACAAAUGACAUCUCGGAACCAGCACUUGAGUAUCAUGCACAAUUUCUUUUGGUUCAGUUCAAUCACAAUCUCAAAGAGGUUCGACGCUGCGCCGAUGCUUGUUUGUCUCGUUUGGUAGAUAAAUUUCCGUAUCUAUUGUGGAAUGGACACAUACUAACUACUGCCUUGCGACUUCUACAGGCGCUGCAAGUCAAUCUUCUGCAAGAUCCCUCAUGCAGCGACCCUACCUUUACCAUGGAUGGAUUGCCAUGGAGUAUUCAAUUACAGGAUACAAUUGAAGGCCGUGCAUCUGUCGUGAAAGAUUUCUCGCAGCGUUGCGAGCAAAUUUUACAAGAGGCAAUGAAAUGGGCACCAGCUAUCACUCACAGUCAUCUUUUGGAAUGUUUCCUUCUUUUAACUGCCCUCCUUUACCAAUAUUGUUGGAUUUACCGCCUAAGAGCUUUGGGCCAGCUGGUGCAAUCCCUGUCUGGCAAUAAUAAAACGCUAUUGCCAGACAGAGAUUGCACCAGCUGGCCCAAAGAAUAUGCUUCUUCAUAUGGAGCUUCCUCCGACACAUCUCUGAAGUUAGCGAUGGAUGCAGUGAUCAGUGCCGGUUCAGACAACACUAGCAUGUAUCUGUCGUCUUUACAUAUGAGAAGUAUGUAUCUCGGCCAGGUGAAAGGUAUGCUUGCAUCACGCGCGGCUGACGAAGAUGAAACUCCGGAAGUUUCUCUCAUAAAACGCCUCGAAACAGAUUUUGAGAGGGCAAUUGUUUCCGGAAAAUACGAGGAAGUGAAAAACGCCAUCAUGCUACUUACAGCUUUAUUCGUAACUCUGAAAGGUGAGCUGCAUCUUGGAUAG